AUGAUCAACUGGAAGCACACGGGAAGGGCUCUGCUAGUCGAGAUUGAGGCUGACUUGAAAGUCGAAGAAAAUGGCUCUUGGUUAGCUCUUGGGAUUUCAAAGGACGAUAUUAUGGGUAACGAUACAGUCUUUGAAUGUCACUUCUCAAAACGUGGUAAAAGUUCAGUGCACUUAUCACAUAAUCUUAAAAACUCGAAUCAACUACUACCUGAGGCAACAGAGAUGCUUUUGAAAGACUCCUACGCAGAGAUUCAUGAUGGCAGAGCUUUGUGUGGAACGGAAUGGAUGCUUGACUUCACAGUUUUGGAACCGAACGAGAAGAAGCUGAUUCACCGGAUCUCAUCCGGCAAGUAUCACCUUAUGUUUGCUUUCGGCGGUCUCAGUGCAGACUCGAAGAAGGAGGCUCACGAACUUGUUGGUGAAGGAGCACCUUGGAGAUCAAACGAUCAGACUCGGUUCUGCAGCCGCUGUCCAACCGAACUUCUCGACGUAUAA